UAGUUGUAUGAAAAUCGCCACCGGUCACGACUGAUGUUCGCUACGCUCGCGUUAAAAUCGUUCCGUGUGCCACUCGUAUCCGCACGAUCUCACCUACUUCUCAGGUACCUACGUCUCCUUGCAAACGCGAGUACGCCACUUGUCUCCGUCGUGAUCAACACCAACACGUUGGGAUCUACGCGCGUCUGACAGUGGUAUUGGUCUCGUCAUUUGUCGCGUCAUCGCUCCGCGGACGACGUCGAUCGUUAAAAUCAGCGUGGUCUAGCACACAACUGGCGACUUCACGAUUUCGCGUCGAUAUUGUGGGAUAUUGCUACGAGCUCUCGUUUAAAAUCCGUUAACGCGUCGGGGAAUCUAACCUCGACGAAACCAAGUGACUUGUCCUUUGUCAGUGGCGCUUUUUCCCCCCCUUUUUGUUACGAGGUAACAUAUGAUCUUCACGCUGUUAAUUGCUCUGUUACGAUAAUAGCAUGCGUGUGAGAGAACGCGUGCUUCACACGUAUAUUUCCCUUGUUAAAUAACCAUUGACGAGAUCGGUGCGUGUCGAGAUUUGAGUGAGAAAGAAAAAAAAGGGGAAACGGUAAAUUCUGUUCGUGUUACACCGCCCUACGCGAAGUUUCGUCGUCGACGUUUUUCACGAUGACGUCGCUUUAUCAGAAUGACAAGAACUCCCUCGUGGAUAAUUGUAACUGCAAAAAUAAAAUUUCUGAAUCCAUGGUUUCGGCAACUAGCAUAUCCACUGACAAACAUGUGGAAAAACGAUAUGAUGAUAUAAUAAAGUCACAAAAUGACGAUCGAUUAUACAGGGGUUUAGUACUUGCAAAUAAAAUGAAAGUUCUCUUGACAAGUGAUCCAACAACUGACAAGAGUGCAGUUGCAAUGGAUGUUAAUACUGGUUAUAUGUGCGAUCCUGAUGAUCUCCCUGGAUUAGCGCACUUCUGCGAACACAUGUUAUUCUUAGGAACGGAAAAGUAUCCUAAACAGAAUGAUUACAACAUGUAUUUGUCGCAGAAUGGCGGUAUGAGCAAUGCAUCUACACAUUUAGAUCACACCACUUAUUUCUUUGAUAUAACUCCAGAGAAAUUAAAAGGUGCUUUAGAUCGUUUUGCACAGUUUUUCAUAGCUCCUCUCUUUACGGAGACUUUGACUGAGCUGGAACUGAAUGCCAUAAAUUCUGAACAUGAGAAAAACUUAGCGAAUGAUACCUGGCGAUUUGAUCAGGUGGAUAAAUCAUCUGCGAGCUCAGACCAUCCGUUUUCAAAAUUCGGCACAGGCAGUAGAGAAACGUUAGAUAUAAUACCGAAGCAAAAGGGUAUUAACGUUAGAAAUAGAUUAUUAGAAUUUCAUGAAAAGUAUUAUUCUGCAAAUAUUAUGACACUGUGUGUUCUUGGCAAAGAGAGUUUAGAUGAACUUGAAAAAAUGGUGGUAGAUCUCUUUUAUGAAGUAAAAAACAAAGAAAUUGAAGCUCCAGCAUGGCCUGAACAUCCAUUCAAGGAUGAACAUUUUCGCACUAUAUGGUACAUUGUUCCAAUAAAGGAUACACGAAAUUUAGACAUUUCGUUUCCUUUGCCUGACAUGCAGCAACAUUAUCGGUCUUCGCCCGCAUAUUAUGUUUCUCAUUUACUUGGACAUGAAGGAGAAGGCUCAUUAUUAUCGGCUUUAAAAGCAAGGGGUUGGUGUAACUCUCUGGUAUCUGGAAAACGUCCUGGUGCAAGAGGCUUUAGUUUUUUUAGUGUUGUUGUUGAUUUAACCGAAGAAGGUAUUAAACAUAUCGAGGAUAUUGUUCAACUGAUGUUUCAAUAUAUCAAUAUGCUUAAUUCAAACGACCCGAUCGAAUGGAUCUACGAUGAAUAUAGAGACAUUGCGAAUAUGAAUUUUCGUUUUAAAGAGAAAUCUAUACCUCGUAAUUAUGUGAGUUCUAUGGUCCAAGCGCUACAAGAAUAUCCCAUGAAAGAAGUUUUGUGCGCGGAACGUGUUUUCACUGAGUGGCGACCGGACUUGAUCAAGAAGAUAAUGGAAUACUUGACGCCGCAAAAUGUCAGGAUUCAUGUGGCCGCAAAAGUUUACGAAAAUAUAGCGAAUGAAACUGAAAAGUGGUAUGGCACUAAAUAUAAGAGGGAGAAGAUAUCCAAGGAAACGAUGGACAAGUGGAAUAACGCCGGCUAUAAUGAGGAUCUGAAAUUGCCUCCCAAAAAUGAAUUUAUACCCACUACGUUUGAUAUCAAGCCACAAACUAAUGUAGAAAAGUUUCCUAUUAUUGUAACGGAUACAUCAUUUGUAAGGCUUUGGUAUAAAAAGGAUGAUGAAUUUCUUGUACCAAAAGCGAGGAUGAUCUUCGAUUUCGUCAGUCCGUUCGCUUAUAUGGAUCCCCUUAGUUGCAAUUUAACUUAUAUGUUUGUUCAACUCUUUCGAGAUUCUCUUAACGAAUAUACAUAUGCUGCUGAAUUAGCUGGUUUACAAUGGGAACUUAAUAAUUCUAAGUAUGGGAUAACACUUGCUAUAAGCGGUUAUGAUGACAAGCAACGUGUACUGUUGGAAAAAAUUAUGGAUCGAAUGAUAAAUUUUAAGAUUGAUCCGAAGAGAUUUGAAAUCUUAAAAGAAAACUAUAUCAGGAACUUGAAAAAUUUUGCUGCUGAACAGCCUUAUCAACAUGCAAUCUACUAUCUCUUGGUUCUAUUGGCAGAACAAGCUUGGCUUAAGGAAGAAUUAUUAGAAUCUACUACUCAUCUAAGUGUUAAUAGACUCCAGCAAUUUAUACCGCAGUUACUUAGUAAUGUGCAUGUGGAGUGCAUAAUACAUGGCAAUGUAACUCUAACAGAAGCUACAGAUACAGUUAAACUAAUUGAGUCUAAGUUAAUAACUGGAGUGCCUCAUCUAGUACCUUUAUUACAAAAGCAACUAGUAUUGUAUCGUGAAAUUAAAUUAGACGAUGGUUGCCACUUUCUGUUUGAAGCAGAAAAUAAAUGGCAUAAAAGUUCUUGUACGAUGGUAUACCACCCAAUAGGUUUACAGUCAACAGAAUCAAAUAUGCUGUUAGAGCUUUUAGCACAAAUUAUUGCGGAACCCUGUUUCAAUACUUUGAGAACGAAGGAGCAAUUAGGCUAUAUAGUAUUUAGCGGUAUACGUAGAACGAGUGGAGCUCAAGGCUUGCGAGUAAUAGUACAAAGUGAUAAACAUCCGCAAUAUGUGGAAAAGCGGAUCGAUUCGUUUAUAGAUUCUAUGUUGGAUCACAUAUCUACUAUGCCAGAAGAGCAAUUCGAGGAACACAAGAAAGCCCUUGCUACAUUACGUUUAGAAAAACCGAAAAUGUUAAGUGCUCGGUGCACGUUAUAUUGGAAUGAAAUUGUAUGCCAACAAUAUAACUUCGAUCGAGUAAAUAUUGAAGUGGCUUACUUAAAGACCAUAACGCGUCAGCAGUUACUUAAUUUCUGUAAGGAAAAUGUACAUAGUAAAGCUCGACAUAAAUUGUCAGUACAUAUAAUAUCUACGGCAAUAGAAAAUGAAUCACUUGACAUCUCAACUGGAAAAAUUGCCGAUUCAGCCAAUGAAGAAAUUAAGAAAAUUGAUGAUAUUAUGUCAUUUAAGAACAGUCAAACUCUAUAUCCUAUAUUAAAACCGUUUGAAAAAUAUUUCCUCAGGAAGGGCAUACGUUCUUCUAAGUUAUAAAAGAAAUAAUAAUUUAAUUGUGAAUUAUAUGAAUAAAUUUGUUUAUAUGCAUAAUUAGAGAAAAAACUUAAAAUAUUUUAUAGAAAUUAAUAAAUUACUUAUUAGCAUAAUUUUAAUAUUAAAAUAUUAAUAGUAAUUAUAAUUAUGUAUUAAUAUAUUAAUAGCAUAUUAAUAACAAUAUUAGCAAAAUCUAGCACUAAGCAGUGUCAUAGACAAACAUCUAUUAUGUUUUAUAUACUUAUACACUUUUCCAAAUUAUAAAAGAAAUGAUAGAAUAGUGAAUUAAACAAAUGAAUUUGUUUAUAAUACUUACAAUUGGUAACUUUAAAAAAAGACGUAUUAUUUUAUAGAAAAUAAUUACUUAUUAAUGUAAAUUAAUAUUUGAGAAAUUUAAUCAUGCAAUGUAUUUAUAAAUCGUAACGAAAUUAGAUAUUAUGCAGAUACUACACAGUUUAUUAUCUAAAGAAAAUCUUAUAUUAUUGUGAAUUGAUUUUUGAUUAUGAAAUAUAAUUGCUAUCAUAAA